ACAAGACAGCCCUAUUGUUGUUGAAUCUACAAGCGAGGUGAGCAAUCACUCUGUAGUUUUCUCGAGUUUUGGGUGCUUGUACCAGCUCCUCGAAGUAUUAUUCAUCAUAAGCGAAUAAUAAGGGAGACAUGGAAUGCAGCUGCAUGAGGUAGCAGAGGAAAAAGAAUAAAUAAAAAGCCACAUACCAGGAGCAUUAUACUAUUAUAUCAUCAGGGUGAGAGAGAGAAAGAAGAUGGAGAGGUUGGUGCAGGCAGGAGUCAUCUUCCUCAUUCUCCAAAGCCUGCUCAUUAAAGGUGGGAGGAGUGAAAUGCCCUACAUCACAGCCCACGCCUGCGAGGGUUCCUACUUGGACCUGAAGUGUUCGAAUGAGACCCUGGUGCUGCACAUUAUACGGGCCAACUAUGGCCGCUUGUCCAACUCAGUGUGUAACGAGGAAGGCAAGGCCUACAGUACUGACUGUUUGUCUCCAAGAGCAGUGAGAAUAGUGCGGCAAAGGUGCCAAGGCCAAUUUGCAUGCUCUUUGCCUAUAAAUAACGGAUAUUUUGGAGACCCCUGUCGAAAGGUGUACAAGUACAUUGAAAUACAGUACAGAUGUGUUCCAGAGGGCUACCUUCCUUCUGAGGCCCCAGUUGAAACCUUGUUUCAUUUAAGCACUACUACCCAGCCCGCUUUAUUUCAUACAACUACAACCUCUUCUACAACAACUACAACAACAACAACCAGGAUAACAACACCCAGGCAACCUUCUCCAACGAGAGCAAGGACUGAGCCAACAACAGUUACAUCAUCAUCAUCUUCAACAACAGCAACAUCAGUGACAACAACCAGUACCACUGUCCCCCCGUCAAGAAGGCACACUCCCCCAGCCAGUCCCCCGGGGAGGGACACCCUGUCUUCCACUGAGAUCACCCCGAGUGUCACAGAGUCUGGCAGGCCUCGCCCCUUCUGCAGAAGGGAGUUUCGGAGGAAUAUUACUUGGCCAAGAACAGAGCCCAAUGUGGUUGUAAACAGAGAUUGCCCUCACAAGAUGAAAGGUCAGGCCUUUUGGAAAUGCAGUGAGAUGGGGGAGUGGAUAGAUCUACCUGACCUCAGUGACUGUAUAUCUGAUGCUUUGACGAGGAUUAAGAAUGACGUUGAAUCAGGCCAGGUUUCCAUAGAAGAUAUUUCCAGUGAUCUGGCCACAGCUACAGCCAGUCAGGACUUGUAUGGUGGGGAUGUCAUCAGCUCUGCCUUAGUCAUGAUGCAGAUGGCAGAAGGACUCAAGACCGAGCUGAAAAACACCAAGGAAAAGAAUAGGGUGAUGAAGGCGACCAAUGUUACUAAGAAUUUUGUGAGGUCAAGCAGUAACUUGCUGUCCCCCAAGCAGAAAAAUGGCUGGAAGGAUUUGAAGAGAGAAAGGCAGGUAGAGACAGCCACUACACUGUUGAAGCUGUUGGAGAGGUCAGCAUUUGAGGUGGCAGAAACCCUGAAUGUAGAAACUCCAGCAGUAAGGAGUACUGAUGAAAAUGUUGCCAUAGAAAUAGAAGUGGUUAAUCCUUUCUCAGACCAGAGACUUCAGCGGGUAUACCCCACUCCUGAACAACAAGCUGUGCUCAAUUCCAGCGACUCCAUUACUCUGCCAGAGUCAGCCAUUGUGGAUAAUGCUGAUAAAGAUGGUGUUGUGAAAAUUGUAUUCAUCUCGUAUAGCAACCUAAAUCAGUGGCUGAAGCCAGACAGCGCCAAGAAUGAGACAGACGUGAGCAUAGUGAACAGCAAGAUCUUGUCACUGUCCUUGAACAACAAGGAUGGGGACAUUCAGCUGGCGCAGCCCAUACACAUGAGCUUCCGCCAUGUGAAUGUGACUAAUGUGGAAAAACCAAAAUGCUCCUUCUGGAACUUUUCCAGUGAUGAGAAUGGUGCCUGGUCUGGCAGGGGAUGUAGUGUGGUGACUUCCAAUGAUACACAUACACAGUGUGAGUGUAACCACCUUACCAACUUUGCUGUACUCAUGGAUGUUGUAGGGACAGAGCUUCCAGAACACCAUGAAGUGGCAUUACAAGUUAUCACAUAUUUUGGGUGCAUCAUUUCCAUCGUCUGCCUGUUUCUAACGUGGUUGACCUUCAUGGUCUUCAGAAAUCUUAAGAGUGAACGCACAUCCAUCCACAAGAACUUGGUGUUUUCAUUGUUCUUUGCUGAAAUCAUUUUUCUUUGCGGAAUACAACAGACUGAUCAUCCAGUUGUGUGUUCGGUUAUAGCAGGCUUCCUCCAUUUCUUCUUCCUGGCAGCAUUUGGUUGGAUGUGUCUGGAAGGAAUCCAGCUCUACUCUAUGCUCAUUCAAGUGUUUGAAGGCAAGAAGUCAAGACUGGUCUGGUUUUAUCUGGCAGGAUAUGGUAUUCCUGCAGUAAUAGUAGGCAUCUCAGCUGCUGUGGACUACAAAGGCUAUGGCACAGAUUACUACUGCUGGCUAAGAGCAGACAACUACUUUGUUUGGAGUUUUGUGGCUCCAGUGUGUCUAGUUAUCACUGUGAAUAUAGUAAUGCUGAGUAUAGCAGUGUACAUGAUGUGUCGUCAUGCUACUACAGCCACCUCCAUCAAACACAAGGAGAAGACUAGGAUGGAGAAUAUCAGGGAUUGGAUAAAAGGCUCCAUAGUCCUGGUUGUGCUGUUAGGGCUGACCUGGGCCUUUGGGAUGCUGUACAUCAAUGAGGAGUCUGUGGUCAUGGCUUAUGUGUUCACCAUCCUCAACAGUCUGCAGGGACUCUUCAUCUUCAUCUUCCACUGCCUGAUGAAUGAGAAGGUUCAAAAGGAAUACAAGAAGUGUGCACGGCGUACAAGAUGGCUACCAAACUGUGUAAGGGUGGGAUAUGGUGGACAGCAGAAACUGUACAAUAUCUCCACUUCUCCUUCACCAUCCAGCUCUUCCACUGGGCCUGGAAAUUACUGGCAGAAGCUGUGGCCAGGCAAGAAAAGACGUCGCUCCAGUGGUUCCUCUGCCACAGGGAAGUCUAACACUAAUAAGAAUCUCGUGGGACAACUCCACAUUGUGAAUGGCAUCACGCCUAUUCCUGAGGUGCUCAUAGAGGACAGCUAUGGAGGAAUUAAUGGAGAUCUCUCCAUGGUUGAUGCAUCAGUGGUGGACUCUGAACAGGUCACAGAUUAUUGUCACAAUCACAUGAGAGAAGAUAGAAAUGGCCAUUAUACAGAGAACCCAUACAUGCAGCCCACGUGUCUACAUUACCCUAGGUGUCAGGAGCGUAGCCAAGUGGAUCCAAAUGGUCACAGAGUAGAUCAAGACAGGCUUUCUAAUGCUUCAACAGACAAAGGUGACUAUCCGGACUCGGACUCAAGUGAUGAUGAAGAUCUCAAACACAGAUUAAGAGAGGAAAGACCUUUCAGUGAAUAUGAGGGCAAACCCUUGAUUCCUAAUGAGGAAGAGGCACAAGGGAGACACUUAAUUAUUAACAAUAAUAAUAAUUCACAAAGCUCCCCACGUCCACAACCAAAGAAACUCCUGGGGAAGAGUCUGAGUGAUGCCCCGAGGUCACUCAAUGACCUCAUGGACAGAGACUUAACAGGGAGUGGAGAAUCUGAAUCCUUUAAGCGUUCCACUCCUAACUUAAAGUAUGUGCCACUGGGGGAGUCCCCCAACAAAGAGCCAAGUGCCUCUGCACCAUCUUCAAUGCAAGGGCAGCAUAAACACAGCCUGCCGAACUUAGCUAAAACAGAGACUGAUUGCCCUCCUCCGCCAUAUUGUAGUGAGGAAGGACUGACGUAUACUGACAGUUCAACAAGGAGGAAAAGACGUCUGGAUUCUGAUCCCCAAGUUGUAUUCUAUAACUCCAGACAUGAGGGGAAUUCACAAUGUUAGUCCUUCUUUGUCCCUAAAAGUGGCCUUAAGAGACUUAUAAAUUCAAAUAUAUGGAUUUAUUCAUGCGCUAAUUUUUUUAUGAAGAGAAAAAAAACUUGCUGGUCAAGCUGUCUUUUCCAUAUUGUAUAUCAAUUAAGAUGAUAUAUAGCCAUAGUACAUUUUAACCAAUUAUGGUAUACCUGACGUGUAUGUUGAUAAAUUCUGAAGAUUUUUCCUGCUUUAUAAAUUUUGUUUCAGUACAAAAAGUUUUUAUCAUAGUCAUAGGUAUAUUUUAAGUGCCAAAUUAUCAUCAUUCAAAGAUUUCAGGUGAGGUUUCAAGACAAUCAAAAUUUGCUAGACAAGUAAAAGUAUGUUUUUUAAGGAUAAGUAAUCAAACUGCAUUCAGUAGGUAGAGUUUACUUUAUGUACUUCAUUAUACUCUGCUGAAUUCAUAAAUAUGUUCAUUGUAUUUUUAAGAAAAAAUGCAUAUUAAUACAUAAACCUAUGUGUGGAAAAUAGUUUCUGAAUACUUACAGCAUGCAAAAGCUGUAAAGUUUGAAAGUAUGAUGAAUACAUACAACUUAUUCUGAGAAGAGCUUUAAGAAAACUUCUUACAAAAAUGUCCUUCAUAAAUCAGAUUUAACAUGAGUUUAUUCUUGGAAAAUCUGACUCGGGGUGAAAUGGCAAAGAUUAGCUUCUCAGAGCCACUUUAAGGCUGACAUUUGUUUGAAGAUGAGUUUAUAUGCAUUAGCUGCUAUAUGUAAGGAGUGAUGCUGUAUUUGAUCAUGUUUGAUCCAUUCAUGUUAUAAGUGAUGUAUGUUGACGUGGUAUGGUUGGUAUUCCAGGAAAUGGUAUACUAAACAUGCUGCCUACCUUGCUGGAAUCCUGGAAUUAUGCAUAUGUCAUGUUUACACUGGGACAAUUGGGCAACUCUGGUACGAUCUAGGAGCGGACAUGUUUGUGUUUGCAUUUGAAAGAUGUUUCACUGGUUGAUGAAUUUAGAUACACUGUAAGAACAGUUUAAUUUUAGACAAAGCAGUGUAAAAUAAUAUGAAAUGUUAUAACUGUUUUUUUUUUUAUUUUUAACACAUAUAGUGCUAAAAUUCUGUCCAUAGAUUGAUAUAUGCUAGUUAAUUUACCUCAACAUCAGGUGCAAAUUCCGAAGUGCUAAAGGCAUUCAAAUGGAUCAUUUCUCAGCUGGCCAAUUCUUGACCCAUCAAUUGAGACUGGUAUAGAAGGCUUAUAGGAAAAUAGGAAGUACUUAGUACAACUGGAUGGCUGAUUUUGAAUUUUAAUGUCCGUCAUCUGUCAUGUUAAUCCAAGAAGUGUCCUAGGGCAGGGUUUUUUGACAGUCAUGGCUGUGUCUGGAUGAAGGGCAACGACACCUUUUGAUAUACAGCCUUCCAGCCGUUUUGGCGAUUUUGUCUCAGGCCUAUAGGUCACAAUUAGGAAAAGUAACUCAGAGAUAUAACCUCGAGUUGCCUUGUAAACUGUCCUGUCCCUGGAGGGGGUCUUAAAUGUCAGUGUUUGCGGUAAGUCUGGUGUCUAAUGACCUACACUGGAAGGCGACGGGAUUGUCUUGUUCACCUGAGGCUUGUCGGACAGAACUUGUAUGAAAGAUGAAAAUUGGCUGUCACCAUAUUUUUUAAAAAAUGAAUGUGUGAGUUCUAUAUUUGAGGGAGUGGAGGCAACUGUUGCUUCUUAAGUUAAAUCUUUCAGAUUUUGUUUCUUUUGAAGAAUUAUUUGUCUAACAAAGAACUUGUCCAGCUUUACUUCUUAAUGAAGCAAAUUUUACUGGUUACAAUAGCUUUCUCCUGUGAGACCGCUUCAUUUAUUUAGAGCUUGCAGUAAUGGGCCUUCAGUAAAAUAUUUUGUCGUUUCUCCAUUUUCUAGAAAACCGCUUAAUGAUGCUGGGGCGAUCUCUUGAGGUAGAUUAAUUUAUAUAUAUAUCAAAGCAUUCAAUAGAAAAAGGUUUGAGCUUAAUUUCCUGUUACAAACAUUGUUGUCCCAUUGGAAUACUUAUUGGUUGUUUCAAAAAUGAGUCUUUUGUGCGUAAUGUCAUCAUAGUAUUUGGGCAGGUUAGUAAGACGGCAGCAAGAGGUAAAAUUACCCUGAGAUUCAGGACCUAUCUCAUACCGUUAGUUCAGGGCCCUCCCGUACCCUGCGCUUCGGGGCCUAUUUUGUACGCUGUAUAUUUUGUUGCCGGUGGUGACAGUUUGUAUUAGGGAAGUGCUGAGACUGGAAUGAGCAGACUGGGCACAAUGGCAAAGGAUGAAAAACUUGUCUGGGCAGCAAGCCAAACCACUUAACUAAUUUCCAGAUCUUUUGUUAAUCACACCUGGUCGCACCUCACCGAUCACACAUUCCGCAUCCAUGAUUGACCAGGUGUGUUGCCGUUUCGUUCCGUUUGUGAUUCUUUCUUCCAAGUUUUCUGAAUGCCUCUGAGCGAUUUUCAUGCACUGUCUUGUCAGACACUAGAGGAGCUUCUCUCA